AUGACUGAGCCAUCAACCGAAGAAGAGACGGGCAUUACGACCCUAUCCAGCACACCUACCCUGCCCAUCCGGGAAUUCACAGGCCAGCCUUCGGAUACAUUGACCUACGAGUUCGAUCCAAACGCCGACAUCACCCUCGUGCUGCGCAAUGCCCCGCAGAACCUCCCCCCAAGCCUGCAGGGUCUUAACCGGUCCGACCUCGCAGGGUCGCUGCCAGUCUUCAGCACAAACUCUAGCAUCUUUCGACGCGGUAAGACACUCCGGCUCCGCGUCUCAUCAAGACACCUGACCCUGUCCUGUCCGUACUUCGCCCGGAUGCUCGAGAGCCAGUUCCGCGAGGGCACCGAGUUCCAGUCUACGGGACAGGCGGAAAUCGAGCUGCAAGAAACCCGCACCAUGUCGUUUUUACUGCUCAUGUUUAUCAUCCAUUGUCGGACGCGCCAGGUCCCGACUGCCGUGACCCUAUCAGUUCUAACUGAUAUUGCCGUUCUGGUUGACUACUAUGAGUGCCAUGAUGCGAUUGCGCUGUUUGCAAAUCUCUGGAUCAAGGAUCUGGCGUAUACUGUUCCGAAGCCGAUCACGGCACCGAUAGGUGUUACGGCAUUCCAACCUGAUUGCAACGACUCUGCUCUUAACUGGCUCCUGAUUUCUUGGGUUUUCAAGGACAAGUCGGUGUUCAAGCAGGUGACUUCGCACCUGCUCCAUUAUAGCAUUGAUGAGAUUAGCUCAGAUGGGCUGCCGAUCCCUGGCUCGAUUAUAGAGAGAUUGAACAGCCAAAGAAACGCCAACAUCUCCUUCCUGAUUAACGACUUGAAUGCCCUACACUCCCAGGCCGCAAAAGGAUGCCAGAAACAAGCUGUCAAAUCAGUCCAGAUGUGUACAUACACCGUCCUCGGCGCCUUGACAAAGCACAUGAUGGACAUGAAACUCCACCCGACAUCACCAGCCAGCCCUUACAAGGGGAUUGGAAUCACAGAGUUGAAGCAGAUCUGCGCCGCCUGGACUUCUCCGGAAAUUACAGAACCCUACUUGCCUAACCACCAUGCAGCAUGUUCCUUGAAGUCGCGUGUUGCUGCCGUUUUGAAACGACACCCGGAUCUGGUGGGACUUGAGCUUGAUGACACCUUUGGAAAGAGUGUGCGAGGCCGCGGCAAGGAAACAGUGAACUAA